AUGGCAACAGUGUAUCGUUUCUUGCCAUCGCCUCUCGAAUUUUACGCUGAAUUACAAGACAGGGCGGUCCUUGCCGAGAACAGGCGGCGCAAAAGAUAUCUGGCUGUACGAACGUUGCAGCGAAUGAUUCGGGGCUACUUGACUAGGAAGCACCUUGCUUGGUUGGCUAAGAACGCGAUAAUUAUUCAAUGCGUGGUGAGAUGUCAUUUAGCAAGGAAAAUAUACCGCGCAGCGUUGAGGAGAGCAGUGAGACAAAAGCAUGCCAAGUAUUACGCUAAAGCAGCGACUAGAAUACAGACUUUAUGGCGUGGACACUAUUCAAGGCGUACCAAGUUUUGUUACCGUUCAUAUAGACGAUGGCUUGCAACAGUGACGGAGCGUGGAGAGAGACGAGCAGCUGAAGCUGCAGAAUUUGGUAUCAGAAGCCGAGUUGAUGAUCUUCGCCUUUUGGAAGAGGAAGCGAGACAGUGGCUCGCUUUCGUAGUAUUCAAAUUACAUCACCUACUACGAACUUACGUAUGCGCUGGCAUUUACUCCGAUCCACUGACUACCGAGCUCACAGAAUUCGAGAUGCUUCUAAAAUCAAUCCAUUACACGGAGUACAUGAAACGAUUGAAGCGAAAGUACAACGAGUUUGUCAGGAAAUUUCGUCCGAAAUUCGCAAACAAGAAUCUGUUUCCAAUUAUAGGCGAUGGUGCCGAUUAUUGGUAUCUAUCAUUGCCUGAAAUGUAUGAACUGACCGCCCCGGUUAGUAAAACAGAGGAUAAGCGGCAUAUAGCUACACAUCACGGCUCUCUACAUAAGAAGCCGUUUCUGUGGAAAAAAGUCCGACCGCCGACUGUGUGUGAAAAAAGAGGACCGUUUACAAUAACGACUCAUAUAACAUCCAGUAAGAUUCCACCUACCCCAGCGCCCACUCCCGAUGCUUAUGCUAAACCAGCAAAAGAUCCACGUUUUCAUCUGUAUGUCAAACAUUACAUCCCCCAGCCAGAUCUUUUCGAAUAUGUCAACUUUCAUAUCAAUGUCUUGUUAACUAGAAAGUGCUCCAUUCAACAUAUAAAUGAGGAAUCGUGAACAUU